UUUUGGGUAGUUUUGAUUUGGGAAUUAUUUUUAUUUGUUUUAAAAGGUCGUAAAAAUUACAUUUUGUUUUGUUCGAUUGUAUAUUUUCUAUGCAUAUCGGUUCUUUUUUAAAUACAAAUUCUUGGUGAUUGUUGACUUUUAUUAAUUAAAUAAAAUAUUUUUAAACAAAAUUUUUGAGAAUUUUUUUUGUUUUUGCAAUAAUUAUUUUUUUAAAUAUUUAAUUUUAAUUUAAAAAAAAAUAUUUUUAGACUAAAAAUUUAUUUAAAUGUUAUUACUUGGUAAUCAAUUUCCUGAUUUUUCUGCUGAUACAAGUUUUGGAAGAAUUGAAAGUUUUCAUAAUUGGAUAGGAGAAAAUUGGGCAAUUUUAUUUUCUCAUCCAAGUGACUUUACUCCAGUUUGCACAACAGAAUUAGCACGUGCCGCUCAAUUAUCAACAGAAUUUGCUAGCCGAAAUACAAAAUUAAUUGCUUUGAGUUGUAAUUCUGUCCAAUCACAUUUAUCUUGGUUGAAUGAUAUAAUUGAAUAUAAUAAUAAAUAUUAUGGAAAGAUUGGACAAAAACAACACUUUAAAGAUGCAGAAAAUAAUUUAAAUGGUUAG